GCAGCUGGUGAUGCUGGAGCAAACAUGGCCGCCCUGGUGCUUGUCGGCCUGGCGGGCUCCCGCUGGCCUCGGCUGGCCGCUGGCCUCCGGCUGCUCCCGCUCCUGGGGCUGCUGCAGCUGCUGGCCGAGCCCGGCCUGGGCCGCGUCCACCACCUGGCGCUCAGGGAUGAUGUGAGGCAUAAGGUUCAUCUGAACACCUUUGGAUUCUUCAAGGACGGGUACAUGGUGGUUAAUGUCAGUAGCCUGUCAGUGAACAAGCCUGAAGGAGCCACAGACAAAGAACCAAUUAUUGGAUUCAGCCUGGACCGUACAAAGAAUGAUGGAUUUUCUUCUUACCUGGAUGAAGAUAUGCACUACUGUAUUUUAAGGAAACAGGUUGUCUCUGUCACCCUUCUAAUCCUAAACAUCCCCGGAAGUGAAGUGACAGUAAGAUCUCCACCAGAAGCUGGUACCCAGUUACCAAAGAUCAUCUUUGGCAAGGGUGAGAAAGUCCUUGGUCAGAGCCAGGAGCCUGGUGUUCACCCUGUCUCAGCAGGCAACCAGACUCAGAAAAAACAAGACAGUGGAAAGUCUAAAAGAAGUACAGUGGAUUCAAAGGUAACAGGAGAGAAAUCCUUUUCUAUUCAUAAUAACAAUGGAGCAGUUUCAUUUCAGUUUUUCUUUAACAUCAGCACUGAUGACCAAGAAGGCCUCUACAGUCUUUAUUUUCAUAAAUGCCUUGGAAAAGAAACUCAGACUACUGACAAGUUUUCCUUCAGCCUUGAUAUUGAGAUCACAGAGAAGAAUCCUGACAGCUACCUCUCAGCAGGAGAAAUUCCUCUCCCUAAAUUAUACAUUUCUAUGGCCUUUUUCUUUUUCCUUUCUGGGACCGUCUGGAUUCACAUCCUUCGAAAACGACGGAAUGACGUGUUUAAAAUUCACUGGUUGAUGGCGGCCCUUCCUUUCACCAAAUCUCUUUCCUUGGUGUUCCAUGCAAUCGACUAUCACUACAUCUCCUCCCAGGGCUUUCCCAUCGAAGGCUGGGCCGUGGUGUACUACAUCACUCACCUUUUGAAAGGGGCGCUUCUGUUCAUCACCAUCGCGCUCAUUGGCACCGGCUGGGCUUUCAUUAAGCACAUCCUUUCCGAUAAAGACAAAAAGAUCUUCAUGAUUGUCAUCCCACUCCAGGUCCUGGCAAAUGUGGCCUACAUCAUCAUAGAGUCCACUGAGGAGGGGACGACUGAGUAUGGCUUGUGGAAGGAUUCUCUGUUUCUGGUUGACCUGCUGUGCUGUGGAGCCAUCCUCUUCCCAGUGGUGUGGUCAAUCAGGCAUUUACAAGAAGCAUCAGCAACAGAUGGAAAAGCUGCUAUUAACUUAGCAAAGCUGAAACUUUUCAGACAUUAUUACGUCUUGAUCGUAUGUUACAUAUACUUCACCAGAAUCAUUGCGUUUCUCCUCAAACUUGCUGUUCCGUUCCAGUGGAAGUGGCUCUACCAGCUCCUGGAUGAAAUGGCCACGCUGGUGUUCUUUGUUCUAACGGGGUAUAAAUUCCGUCCAGCUUCAGAUAACCCCUACCUACAACUUUCUCAGGAAGAAGACGACUUGGAAAUGGAAUCUGUAGUGACGACAUCAGGGGUCAUGGAGAAUAUGAAGAAAGUCAAGAAGGUGACCAACGGCGCAGUGGAGCCCCAGGGCGACUGGGAAGGCACCGCGUGAUGGAGCAGCUUUGAGGCUGGCGCUGUCAAAGAAAACAUCUAAUUUAUUCAUAGUCCCAUUGGUGAGCGAGAGCAUUUGGCACCUCCUGACAGUGACACCACAGAGCACGUGGCUGGGAGCGAAGUGCCACGGAAACCUAAUUUUUUACUCUCUUUUAUGGAAACUGGAUCUGAGGCUAGUUAUCGGCAGCUAGAAUCCUCCUUCAGGUGGGAAUGGUGGGGAGGGAGUGUAGAGAGGAGGAGGAUAAAAGGAAGACUUUGUUUUUAAC